AUGUGGACAUUCAGUCAGAAAUGUAACUGUCCUUCCCCCUACCCUUCUUUCUUCUGCAGCAGAGCGGAAGCCACAGCUAUUGAGAAGGAGCUGCUGGAAGAGUUUAAAUUUGGCCAUCAGCAGUUAAUUGAGAUCUGGGGUCAUGCUUCUGCCAUGGCAGUGACCAAGGUUUUCCCCAAGCAGUCUCUCUCAAAGAAGCAGCCGACACUAUUGGUGAUCUGUGGUUGUGAACAGAAUGGGGCCAUCGGCCUGGCAUGUGCCCGGCAUUUGCGUGUAUUUGAAUACGAGCCGACCAUUUUCUACCCCAAAAAGUCAUCUAAUCCUCUCUACAGAGAUUUCACCACGCAGUGUGAAAAGAUUGACAUUCCUUUCCUUUCCUACCUGCCAGCAGAGGUUCAGCUAAUCAGUGAUGCGUACAACCUGGUAGUUGAUGCCAUGCUUGGCGUAGAAGACAGCCUGGGGGAACUGUCGGAGCCCUACUGCACAAUCUUGGCAACUCUCAAACAAAUUCGGAUUCCUCUUGUCAGCCUGGAUGUCCCAUCAGGUUGGGAUGUAGAGAUGGGCAGCAGUGAUGGAAUCAGCCCCGAUGUUCUUGUCUCUUUGGCGGCUCCAAAGCAAUGUGCCACAAGAUUUAUGGGCAAGCAUCACCUGGUGGCUGGGCGCUUCCUCCCUUACGACGUGCAGAAAAAAUUCGAACUGAAUUUGCCAGAAUACCCUGGCACAGAGUGUGUGGUUUCUCUGUAA